CGCGUUGAAAGUUCGCGCCGAACGCUCCGCUCCGCUCACUUUACGAUAUAAAGGGAUACAUACUACCCUCGCGAUUGUUAGUGCCACUGCAUCCUCCACACAGAGCCCAAACCUUCAACAAUCACCAAACUCAACAAAACGAUGACGAGUUAGUUCAUCAUAUACUAUAAUACAGUGAAGUGAUUGUUUGUGAAAUUUUUUUGAACUUGUGCUGUGGCAAUUAUGUUUGCAAAUCAAUAAACUAUUCACUAUUUUGGAUUUCAUUUUCAUCGGAUGAUGCCAGUGCUCGCCUGUUGAAUCACGAUGGAGUUGAAUUUAGUUUUUGUGUUUUUUGUGCUGUGUUUAGUGCGUUUCGCCGAAUUGGCAAGAUGGUCUCAUUCGGCGAUGUUGAGUCCCGAUUAUAGGCUACUAUGGUCACUUGGACCAGGCCCUCAAGACAUCACCUUCGAACUGCAAGUCCGCACCCUAGGUUAUGUGGGUUUUGGAUUUUCUAGAGACGGCAGAAUGGCCGGAGCCGACAUGGUCGUCGGCUGGGUCGAUCAAGGACAAGUCUAUUUCCAAGACAGACACGUCAAGGAUUCUCCCGGAAGCGCCGUAGACAGGGAGCCGGAAGUGGAUCCCAGUCAGGACUACCAACUGCUCCUGGGAUACGAAAAUAGCACGCACACCGUUUUGAGAUUCAGAAGACGAUUGGACACUUGCGAUCAUCACGACAUUCCCAUAACGAAUGACACCAUGAGAAUUGUAUGGGCGUUCCAUAAGGACGAACCCAUGGGCGGUUCGGUUGGGCCCAAAUCUUUGCCCCAACACGACACGAGCACCAGAGGCACUCAAUCAUUGUACUUGGUGCAAAGGGCCGACCAGGAUGCUCCGAGCCCGGAUGAGACUGCCCGCAUAUGGGAACUCAGAAACCCGGCUGUUGAACCCCCAAUUCCGGGAGAAACAUUGUAUUGGUGCAGGGUGUUUAGAAUCCCAACCAUCACCAGGAAACACCAUCUAAUUAGGUACGAGCCCCUAAAGGGAAUAGGUAGUGGAUCUAACGGGCUGCAACACGUCGUGCUGUACGAGUGUCAGGAAAAUCCGGCGGUUGAAAAAUUGGCAAACUUGCCGGGUAGACAGUGCUAUGACCCGCAUUCGCAGCCGCUGGCCUGCAACACAGUGGUGGCGAGCUGGGCGCGCGGAUCCGAGGGAUUUAGCUUCCCGCCCGAGGCCGGUUAUCCUUUGGAAGCGCAAAAUUCCCGUUAUUAUCUCCUAGAGACGCACUACACGAGUCCGUUGGACGGGAGCGCGGGAACGAUCGAAGGCUCGGGCUUGAGAUUGUAUUAUACGCCCGAGUUGCGACGUCACGACGCCGGGGUCAUAUCAAUCGGGAUGGACCCGAAUUGGAGGCACAUUAUUCCUCCCGGACAGCAACGCGUGAUCUCUUCGGGGCAUUGCGUGGCCGACUGUACGCGCCAGGCUUUCCCCUCACACGGCAUCAACAUGUUCGCAGUUGUCAUGAAAACUCACCGCAUCGGAAAGCAGGUGUCACUUAAACACAUCAGGGGCGGCACCGAGCAAGCCCCUAUCGCUACCGAUGAUAACUUGGACGCGGAUUAUCAGGAAUACAGGAAUUUAGGCGUACCCGUUAAAAUAUUACCCGGCGAUCAUCUUAUCACCGAGUGUACUUACAACAGUUCGGGACGCAGCGCAAUCACUUUGGGCGGUUUAACUAGCCGAGAGGAGACCUGUUUAGUCAUGGGCCUCUAUUAUCCCAAACAAAGGUCCUUAGCCGCCUGUCACAGCUUACCUAGCUUACCCACUGUUCUUCAUUCCCUGGGAAUCCAGGAACUCAGCCCAGGCUCGAAUCCGGUUAGAAUAGCAGCUCCGCCGGAAUUAGCCGGAAUGACUCUCGAAUCCAGAUUAGUUUCUUAUGACUGGGACAAUCAAUUCCAUAGUUUUCAGGAAGCGACAAUGAAAGGCUCUUUCAAGCCAUUAUGUUGGACAGCCCAAUCAACAUUACUGCCGGGAACUGAUAAAGAGUCUCACUAUCCAAACAUAUCGAAGCCUUACAUGAAGAGUAGAAUAGACGAGUGCAACUACAGAAGAUAUAGCACAGAAGGAUGGCCGGGCGGUACGCCCAUCAUGGAGUUAGACGGCAACCACAUAGAAGGUGCCGCAAAGAGUAAAGUGUCCAGAAGUAGCAGUCCCGCUGUGGAGGAGUCCUUAGGACUGAGUAGGUUUAACUCUGCUUCUACGUACAGCAGUAGAAGUGGGGCAGUGCUUCUGUGCUUAGUGAUAACCCUAUUCAAUCGCUGAAGUGAACAAUAGUGAUCCUAGUGAAUGACUGACUUUCUUUUUUAAAUGAUAAACUCAGUGAUACGAGUGAUAUGGUGACAAUUUCUGGCAAAUUGUUGUAACGAGUCAUGUUUAUGCUAGUCCAUUCGGCCAGAUAGACUUACGAAACGAAGAAAAAGUGUGAAUUUGCUGUGCGAAAACAGUAAAGCGUUCCGUAGUGAAAAAAAGUUUUUCAUGUUGUGUGCUUCUAAAGCGUUAGCCCCCUCCUAUCGACGUGUGCCAACUUCACAGCAGAAUGGAAAGUUUUGUGCGUCCAAUUUUAUUUCUGACACGUCGCUCCCAAUACGGAAUUAAGUUGGACUGCGGACUUUCCAGCAAUAUAUUUGCUUGUCCUGUUUUCCUGUUGAUGUAGCGUUUGAUAUUGACCCAUUGAUUGUCGUGAUAAUGAAAUAACAAAUUAGAUUUGGUUGUUUUCAGUACGAACGGACGCUUUACUGUUUAUAUUAUUUAGCGGCUCUGAAGCCGAAUGGGACAGAUGUAUGCCGCGAUUGGUCUGUGAUGCAAAGUAGAAAAUAAGCACUUUUAUAAUCCUUUCAUUUCUGUACUACUACAACAAAGUAGUCAACAUCGUUGUUGUUAGUUUCGACUUUUAUUGACCCUGAAUUUAAUAAUUGUUGGACACUUUUUUGUAUUUAUAUGUAUAUUUUGACUAUUUUAAUGUAUAUUUGUACUCCUGACUGGUGCUAUAUAUAGUUUCUAUUUCCUGUAAAUGUACUGUAUUUAAUUUAUUACCCUCCUAUGUUUGUUUCAAAUAGAAC